AUGGAUAAACAGAACCUCACAGUCAUGAAUGGGUUCAUCCUGAUGGGCAUCACUGACCGGCCUGAGCUGCAGGUCCCACUGUUUGGACUGUUCCUCAUCAUCUAUGCAAUCUCACUGAGGGGCAACUUGGGCAUGAUCAUCCUCACCAUGGUGGAUUCCAGGCUGCAAACACCCAUGUACUUCUUUCUUAAACACUUGGCUAUCACAGAUCUUGGUUAUUCUACAGCUGUGGGACCUAAAAUGUUAAAAAAUUUUGUUUUGAACCAAAAUACAAUAUCCUAUUAUCUUUGUGCUGCACAGCUUGCUUGCUUUCUUCUGUUUAUUACUUGUGAACUUUUCAUUCUGUCUGCUAUGUCCUAUGACCACUAUGUGGCCAUCUGUAACCCACUGCUCUACACUGCCAUCAUGUCACAGAAGGCAUGCUGGGUACUAGUGGCAAUCCCAUAUCUGUAUGGUUUAUGUCUAUCUCUUUUAAUUACUUUUAAAAUGUUCAUUUUGUCAUUCUGUGGCCACAAUAUAAUCAAUCAUUUUUUCUGUGACUGUAUCCCUUUGAUACCUUUGCUCUGUUCAAACACUCAUGGCAUUGAGCUGAUAAUUCUAAUCUUUGUCAAUUUCGAUUUGGUUUCUUCUCUUCUGGUUGUUCUUGUGUUUUAUCUGCUAAUCCUUAUAAUCAUUCUCAGAAUGAACUCUGCUGAGGGCAGGUACAAGGCUUUUGCAACUUGUGGAUCGCUGACAGUGGUCAUCAUCUUCUAUGGGACAUUGAUAUCUAUGUAUUUACAGCCUAAUUAUAGUCACUCCUUUGACACUGAGAAACUGGCAUCUAUCUUUUAUACCCUGAUUAUCCCCAUGUUGAAUCCUUUGAUCUAUAGUUUGAGGAACAAAGAUGUAAAAUAUGCUGGACAGAAGAUAUGGAAGAAGAUGUGCAAGAUUUGA